UGCCAGACACAUUCAGUUCGCUCGUCGAUUCUUAUCACAUUUUCUCUGAAAAUGAUUGUGUAAAUCGGACAAAAUAUGGCUUGGAAUUAUUUAUAAAAAAAGAAACAUUAUUAUAAGUGUCUUAUGCUGUAUAGUUUAAUUAUUAUUUUAGAAACAACAGUAGCGGAAAAGUGAGCAAAAAAAAAAACAAUAUCAACAAUGUGUCCAGUGUCAACCGCCCCCACUAAAAGUAAAUGAGUGACUUGUACACAAAAAGAAGGCAAAGGCAAAUUCAUCGGUGCAAUAGAUUUGUUCUAUCAAUUGAGCCUGCCAUUGCGUUGCACCAUAAUACCCCAUUUUCGCAUGCUCUGCUGUGAUAAUGAAAAUGUGUAAAGCUAAUUGAAUCAGUAUCUGAAAAUAAUAGCAUUUGCAAUACACACUCACAUAUACAGUGCAAACCAAAGUGCAGCGCUAUAUAGUGCCAGUGACCUGGAAAACGUAACAACAUAAACUUGACAAUCGCAUAAAUAUGGAGUUUGCCGAUCUCAUAAAAACGCCAAAGCUGGACGGAGUAUUCUUACACGACCAUCUACAUGCAACAGUUGAGGGAACGCUCUGUAUCACCGGUCAUCAUCUGCUGUUGAGCGCCAGACAGGAGAAUAGCCAAGAGCUAUGGUUACUGCACAAAAAUAUCGACUGUGUGGAGAAAAAACCAUUUAUGGUGCAAAACAUGGUGAUGGGCGGCAUCAUAACACUGAAGUGCAAGGAUUUACGCAUCAUUUCACUAGAGAUUAAAUAUGCUAAAGAAUAUUUUAAUGUAGCGGCGUCGUUGGAGGCACUCAGUUCGUUACACAAUCCUGAACUCGAAUAUCCAUUUUUCUAUCGACCAAUGUAUACCAUACUUGAGGACGGAUUCACUAUGUUCCGCCCCGAACUAGAAUUUGCGAAACUAAUUUCCGGGGCUGCCAGCAAUCUACACAAUGGUAAUGAAAAUUGUGGUAUCGGCGGCGGAGCGGUAACUGGUGCUGUUGGGGGUUGUGAAUGGCGUAUCACCACAGUCAAUAAGGAUUUUAGUGUGUGUCCAACGUAUGGCACUGCACUUAUUGUGCCUAAAUCUAUUACAGAUGAACAAAUUGUGCAAUCAGCUGCAUUCAGAGAUGGCGGUCGAUUUCCGGUGCUCAGCUAUCGGCAUGAAAAUGGGGCUACGCUAAUGCGCAGCUCACAGCCCGUUUCCAUACAAGGUAUUAAACGUUGUCGUGCGGACGAAGCGAUACUGAACGUUGUGCUGGGACGCAGUAAAAAGGGGUUUAUUGUUGACACUUGGGGGAAGGGUAAAUCCAACACCGAAACCGAUCAACAUUACUCACAAUGGAAGAAAGUGAAUCGCGCUAUUGGCAAUGUGUCGGCGCCUUCAGCAAUUUUGGAUAGUUACACCAAACUUAUCGAAGCAUGCAAUGAUAUUACAUGUUCCGCGGACAAAUGGCUGUCACGCCUAGAAGCAAGCGGCUGGUUAAGUCUCGUACUGAAUUCACUGAAUGCUGCCUGUGUAGUUGCACAAUGCCUAGACCAGGAAGGCAGUCCGGUGCUGGUGCAUGGUUCUAAAGGUUUGGACUCCACACUAAUUGUAACGUCACUGGUGCAGAUAAUACUUAAUCCUGAUUGCCGCACAGUACGCGGCAUACAAGCUUUAAUUGAACGGGAAUGGAUACAGGCCGGUCACCCUUUUGCAUCACGUCAUCGCUAUGGCUGUUAUACCCCCGCCCAGAAUCGGCCGAAAAACUCUGGUGCCUCCUUUGUCUUAUUUCUCGAUUGUAUAUACCAGCUAUAUACACAAUUCCCCUGCAGUUUCGAAUUUAGCUUGCAAAUGCUAAUUUUACUUUAUGAGCACAGUUAUUUCUCGCAAUAUGGUACAUUUUUGUGUGAUUCCGAACGUGAACGUCAUGAGUUGGGCGUGCAUACGCGCACCACUAGUUUGUGGUCUUACUUAAAUCGACCCGAUGUGCUGAAAAAUAUGCUGAAUCCAUUGUACGAACCCAAUUCGAGUGUAAUUUGGCCAAGCGUGGCACCGAUCUCAUUGGAAUUGUGGAGCGAGCUCUAUCUGCGCUGGACAAUCGAACAGAAGAAUAGCACCAAAACUAUGCAACAAAUACAAGAACUGGUCACACAGGAAAAGGAAUUACGCGCGAAAGCAAUACGGUUACGCAAGCAAGCUUCAGAUCUGAGCAAUGAAAUGGAGGAUCUUAUGAUAUCCGAUUGAUCAGCGCAACCGCUGGAAACCAAAAAUACUGCAACCGCCACAAGAGCUUGUGGUCAUCACCAGUUAACAUAGAGCAAGUGAACAUUUACAAUAAGGAAAGAUAAACUAGUUUUCGAAAUAUGCAGUUCAAAUUUUUAACUUUGCUCUCUAAGUGUCUCUCUUUAAAAAUAUAAUAUGGUAAUGCGAAUAGUCUUCAGGCACUGCAUCGCGUCACAGCGGUGUGUUGUAUACUUGAAAAUUGAGUCAAUUUUUGGCGCAUUUUUAUUGUAAUUUAAUAUAAGUUAAUACUUAAGCUAAUAAUAAAUGAAAAUCAAAAAUUUUAUUCCGUUUUGGAGGAAUAUUGAAAGAGAACAAUAAAAGUAUGUUGGUUUAGCAUAAA